GGCGGGCGGGAGGACAGGUGUAUUGCAUAUAACAAAGCCCCAGGAGGCUAUUUCGGUGCCAUCAAAAUAAUCGCUGGCCCUAUCACAUUAUUGUUAAUAUUCUUCCCUUCUUUACCUUCUACUUUCCGAAUCCAGAAAACACCACAACACCACCCAGAAUUGUUGGGUUCCAUUCUCAAAACAGAGAACAAGAAGAAGAAGAAAGAGAGAGAGUGAAAACGGGAAAAGCAAAAAGUUGUUUCUGUGAUUGAUUCUCUGCAACCGAAUCAUCAUCAGCCACUUCUUCCCGUUUCAUCUCUCCCAUUUCUUCUUUUCUUCCGCUCUGGUUCAGUAAGGCGAAGAGGGUUAACGUUAUUCAUAAUGGUUGCAACAGCCGCUACGGCGUCGUUUCUUCCCGUGCCUUUGCCAGACGCUGGAAAAGGGAAACCCAAGAAACUGGGUGGUGGUGGCGGUGGCGGUGGCGGUUCUGUGAACCUCGGAGGACUCAAACAGAAACAAGGUUUGUGCGGUGGCUUGCAGGUCAAGGCAAACGCACAAGCCCCUCCGAAGACCGUGGAGAAGGUUGAGAAUGAUUUGUCGUCGUCGUCCUCGUCGAUUUCGCACGCCCCGAGGACUUUCAUCAACCAGUUACCUGACUGGAGCAUGCUUCUGGCCGCCAUCACCACCGUGUUCCUGGCGGCGGAGAAGCAGUGGAUGAUGCUGGAUUGGAAGCCGCGGCGCCCCGACAUGCUCAUUGACCCCUUUGGGAUUGGGAAGAUCGUGCAGGAUGGGCUUGUGUUCAGGCAGAACUUCCCCAUUAGGUCCUAUGAGAUUGGCGCCGAUAAAACCGCGUCUAUCGAGACUUUAAUGAAUCAUUUGCAGGAGACUGCACUUAAUCAUGUUAAGACUGCUGGGCUUCUUGGUGAUGGAUUUGGUUCCACGCCUGAAAUGUGCAAAAAGAACCUGAUAUGGGUGGUGACUAAGAUGCAGGUUGUGGUUGAUAAAUAUCCCACAUGGGGUGAUGUUGUUCAAGUAGACACUUGGGUAUCUGCAUCAGGGAAGAAUGGUAUGUGUCGUGAUUGGCUUGUGCGUGACGCGAAAUCUGGUGAAAUCUUGACAAGAGCCUCCAGUGUUUGGGUCAUGAUGAAUAAAGUGACAAGAAGACUGUCUAAAAUUCCCGAAGAAGUCAGGGCAGAGAUAAGCUCUUAUUUUGUGGACUCUGCUCCAGUUGUGCCAGAGGAUAACAGAAAACUAACCAAACUUGAUGAUUCCGCUAAUUUCAUUCGCACUGGUUUAAGUCCCAGAUGGAAUGAUCUAGAUGUGAAUCAGCAUGUUAACAAUGUGAAGUAUGUUGGGUGGAUUCUGGAGAGUGCUCCACAGCCACUUUUGGAGAGCCAUGAGCUGUGUGCCAUGACAUUGGAGUACAGGAGGGAGUGUGGCAGGAACAGUGUGCUGGAUUCCCUCUCUGAUCUCUCUGGUGCUGAUGUAGGAAACUUGGCAGAUGGUGGAUUUUUUGAGUGCAAGCACUUGCUUCGACUUGAUGAUGGUGCUGAGAUUGUGAGGGGUAGGACUCAAUGGAGGCCCAAACCUUUAAGCAGCAACUUUGGUCAUGUUUUGAGUCAGGUUCCAGUUCCAGCAGAAAGCACCUGAAUCUUAUCUUAUUGAUUGGCAUCACUGGAGGAGGAGUGGCAUAAAUUCAUAGAGAGCUUUGCUUGUUUUUAUCAAAUCUACGUAUCUUAAAAUAUAUAUAAAAGAAAGUGUGUUACUUUGGCUAAAAAAGGGGAGGGGAAGUAGAAAGUAAAAAAAAAAAAAAAAAUCUCGCUCUCAUGAUUUUGUAAUUAAAAAAUAGCUCCUAGCACUACUUUCUCCUACCUGCUCCAUUUUCUGUUUCACUUAUGGUUAUGCUGCUGCUUGGUGUCAUCAAUAUUUAAUUGUUUCAUCAAAAUGGCUAAGGGUGUAUAUUAUAUAUUUUUGUUUUCUUUUACCUUAUAAGAAAUAUGCAAUAUUCCUCGUGAGCAUACCAAAACAAAUAAAUGUAUGUAUAGGUUGCAGGAAAGGCAAGACA